UGUUUGUUCCGGAGAGGGCCGGCCUGAGAAGGUGGAGCUUAUAACACUUAACGGCUGGAGCUCCGGCUCUUCUUUUCUCACUCAGUAGCCGGCGGCAUCUGUGGAAAAGUCUGGCUGGGAAUGCGGGGAACCGCACCAAUGGCUUCCGUGCAGUCCUACGAAAGCCUGGUCCACGCCGUGGCCGGAGCCGUGGGAAGUGUGACAGCGAUGACUGUGUUUUUUCCCUUGGAUACAGCUCGACUUCGGCUUCAAGUUGAUGAGAAAAGAAAGUCCAAAACUACACACAUGGUGCUCCUGGAGAUCAUUAAAGAAGAGGGCCUCCUUGCACCAUAUAGGGGAUGGUUUCCAGUGAUCUCCAGUCUCUGCUGCUCCAAUUUUGUCUAUUUCUACACUUUUAAUAGCCUCAAAGCAGUCUGGGUUAAAGGUCAACGUUCUACUACUGGGAAAGAUCUGGUAGUUGGAUUUGUUGCAGGAGUGGUGAAUGUAUUGCUGACAACUCCACUCUGGGUGGUAAAUACCAGACUGAAGCUGCAGGGGGCAAAAUUUAGGAAUGAAGACAUUGUACCAACCAACUACAAAGGAAUUAUUGAUGCUUUUCACCAGAUCAUUCGAGAUGAAGGAAUCUUGGCUUUAUGGAAUGGCACGUUUCCUUCCUUGCUGUUGGUCUUCAAUCCUGCCAUCCAAUUCAUGUUCUAUGAAGGUUUAAAACGGCAGCUUUUAAAGAAACGAAUGAAGCUUUCUUCUGUGGAUGUGUUCAUCAUUGGCGCAGUAGCCAAGGCAAUUGCCACCACAGUCACCUAUCCCAUGCAGACAGUGCAGUCAAUUCUGAGGUUUGGACGUCACAGACUAAAUCCAGAAAACAGAACACUGGGGAGUCUUCGGAAUGUUCUCUAUCUUCUUCACCAACGAAUAAAGCGUUUUGGAAUAAUGGGACUCUACAAAGGCCUUGAAGCCAAACUGCUGCAGACAGUCCUUACUUCUGCACUCAUGUUCCUUGUUUAUGAGAAACUGACGGCUGCUACCUUCACGGUUAUGGGGCUGAAGAGUGCACGCAAGCACUGAGACACCUCACGAGGCAGACAGAACCGUGCUCGGGAUGGGGCUCCUUCUGUGCCAAGAGAAGUGAUUAUCCCUUUACUCUUGCUACUUCCGCCGUGAAUUUUAUCCUUAUUUGCUUGAAAAACAUCUAAGGGUAAACGGGGAAUGUAGCCAGCUGGAUCUGUUGCCAACUUAAUUUUUAUGAUGGUUGUUAGAAUUUUGUGGGGGAGGUUGACUUAAUGGUCAUAUGAAAAGAAACAUUGAAAACCUAAAAAAAUGAAAGUUUGUGGAGGUUUAUUGGUUUUCUUAAGGGGAAUGGGCUGUUGCUCCCAUGUGUAAUCUUUUCCAGUUAAACUCUUCCACUUAGCAGCUGUUCCCUUUCUCUGCACCCUCCCUCAGCUUCUAGGACAAAUUUAAUACCCUGUGAUUCUCCUCGUAUACUUUUGUAUGUCUUAAUCUUGGUAUAAACUAUUUGUAAACAUCACUUAUUCAUUAGUAUUUGACAUAAUUAAAAAUUAUUUAUUUUGAAUCAACCCUUUCAUUAUACAGACUUUUUAAGUUUUAUGUUCAUCUAUACAAGCUCCAAUCAAGUCUAAGCCCUAAUAAAUCGUAAGCUCAAAAGA